AUGUCAUCAACUCUCGUUCCCAGCCCAUCACUCGUCAUCACAUCAACUCUCGUCCUCAGCCCAUCACUCACUAUCACAUCAACUCUCGUCCCCAGCCCAUCACUCGCCAUCACAUCAACUCUCGUUCCCAGCCCAUCACUCGUCAUCACAUCAACUCUCGUCCUCAGCCCAUCACUCACUACCACAUCAACUCUCCUCAGUCCUCAUCACUCACUACCACAUCAACUCGUCCCCAGCCCAUCACUCGCCAUCACAUCAACUCUCGUCCUCACUCGUAAUCACAUCAACUCUCGUCCUCAGCCCAUCACUCACAUCAACUCUCGUCCUCAGCCCAUCACUCACUACGUCCCCAGCCCAUCACUCGCCAUCACAUCAACUCUCGUCCUCAGCCCAUCACUCACUAUCACAUCAACUCUCGUCCUCAGCCCAUCACUCGCCAUCACAUCAACUCUCGUCCUCAGCCCAUCCUCACUACCACAUCAACUCUCGUCCCCAGCCCAUCACUCGCCAUCACAUCAACUCUCGUCCCCAGCCCAUCACUCGCUAUCACAUCAACUCUCGUCCCCAGCCCAUCACUCGCCAUCACAUCAACUCUCGUCCUCAGUCCAUCCUCGCCAUCACAUCACUCUCGUCCUCAGCCCAUCACUCACUAUCAUCAACUCUCGUCCCCAGCCCAUCACUCACUAUCACAUCAACUCUCGUCCUCAGCCCAUCACGCGCCAUCCACAUCAACUCUCGUCCUCAGCCCAUCACUCACUAUCACAUCAACUCUCGUCCCCAGCCCAUCACUCGCCAUCACAUCUCGUCCUCAGUCCAUCCUCGCCAUCACAUCAGUCCCAGCCCAUCCUCGCCAUCACAUCAAUCUCUCGUCCUCAGUCCAUCACUCGCCAUCCAUCAACUCUCGUCCUCAGCCCAUCACUCGCCAUCACAUCAACUCUCGUCCUCAGCCCAUUACUCGCCAUCACAUCAACUCUCGUCCUCAGUCCAUCACUCACUAUCACAUCAACUCUCGUCCCCAGCCCAUCACUCGCCAUCACAUCAACUCUCGUCCCCAGCCCAUCACGCGCCAUCACAUCAACUCUCGUCCUCCUCAGCCCAUCACUCACAUCAACUCAGCCCAUCACGCGCCAUCUCUCGCCCAUCACUCACAGUCCCCAUCACUCACCAUCACAUCAACUCUCGUCCUCAGUCCAUCACUCGCCAUCAUCAACUCUCGUCCCCGCCAUCACUCGCCAUCACAUCAACUCUCGUCCUCAGCCCAUCACUCGCCAUCACAUCAACUCGUCCUCAGUCAUCCUCGCCAUCACAUCAACUCUCGUCCUCAGCCCAUCACUCGCCAUCAAUCUCGUCCUCAGCCCAUUCACUCGCCAUCACAUCAACUCUCGUCCCCAGCCCAUCACUCGCCAUCACAUCAACUCUCGUCCCCAGCCCAUCACUCGCCAUCACAUCAACUCUCGUCCCCAGCCCAUCACAGUACCAGUGGGGACCAGGACCUCCUUUGAGUUAUAA